ACAGUACCAGACCAAGGAGGGGUAAAAAAGUGAAAUAUUUGGUUCGGUUGUGUAUCGUGUUGGAGACUUGGAGAUUUGAGCUGCACACAGCACAACUGUUGAAGAUAACGAAGUGGGCUGUUACUUGCUCCUUCACUUCAUAGCCAUGGUUGCAGUUUUGAACGACAUUCUAUUCUCCUCCACCCAAACCCUUCUCCGCCCCUCCCUUCACACUUUCUUAUCCUCACCCGCUCCUAAAUUUCCUCGCAGUCGCCAUAACCGUAUUCCCCGUUGCUCCGUCGCCGAGGGCCCCACCGCAUCUCCGCCCAAAACCCGAGACUCCGCCCCCCUCGACUGCGUCAUCGUCGGCGGCGGCAUCAGCGGCCUCUGCAUCGCCCAGGCUCUCUCCACUAAACCCGCCAAUGCCGCCCCAAACGUCGUCGUCACAGAGGCCCGAGACCGUGUCGGCGGCAACAUCACCACUCUCGAAAGGGAUGGCUACCUUUGGGAAGAAGGCCCUAACAGCUUUCAGCCCUCUGAUCCGAUGCUCACCAUGGUGGUGGACAGUGGUUUGAAGGACGAGCUUGUUCUGGGUGACCCCGACGCGCCUCGAUUUGUACUGUGGAAUGGAAAGUUGAGGCCCGUGCCGGCGAAGCCAACGGAUUUGCCUUUCUUUGACUUAAUGAGUCUCGGUGGUAAGCUCAGGGCUGGUUUUGGUGCACUUGGAAUUCGGCCUCCUCCUCCAGGUCAUGAGGAAUCGGUUGAGGAUUUCGUGCGGCGGAAUCUCGGUGAUGAGGUUUUUGAACGAUUGAUAGAGCCUUUUUGUUCAGGUGUCUAUGCAGGCGAUCCUUCAAAAUUAAGCAUGAAAGCAGCAUUUGGGAAAGUUUGGAGGCUGGAACAAAAUGGUGGCAGCAUUAUUGGUGGCACUUUCAAAGCAUUACAAGAGAGAAAUGGAGCUUCAAAACCGCCUCGAGACCCGCGUCUUCCAAAACCAAAGGGUCAAACUGUUGGAUCUUUCCGAAAGGGACUUACCAUGUUGCCAGAUGCAAUUUCUGCAAGAUUAGGCAACAAAGUAAAGUUAUCUUGGAAGCUUUUAAGUAUUAGUAAACAAGAUAGUGGAGAGUACAGUCUGACAUAUGAAACACCAGAAGGAGUGGUUUCUUUGCAGUGCAAAACUGCUGUCCUGACCAUUCCCUCAUAUGUUGCUAGUACAUUGCUGCGUCCUCUGUCUGCAACCGCUGCAGAUUCACUUUCAAAGUUUUAUUACCCUCCUGUUGCUGCAGUUUCCAUAUCCUAUCCAAAAGAAGCUAUUAGAUCAGAAUGCUUGAUAGAUGGCGAGUUGAAAGGGUUUGGACAAUUGCAUCCACGCACCCAAGGAGUGGAAACAUUAGGAACUAUAUACAGCUCUUCACUUUUCCCCAACCGAGCACCACCUGGAAGGGUUUUACUCUUGAAUUACAUUGGAGGGGCUACUAAUCCUGGAAUUGUAUCAAAGACGGAUGGUGAACUUGUUGAAGCAGUUGAUCGAGAUUUGAGGAAAAUCCUUAUAAAACCAAAUGCCCUGGAUCCAUAUGUAUUGGGGGUGAGACUGUGGCCUCAAGCUAUUCCACAGUUCUUAAUUGGGCAUCUUGAUCUACUAGAUGUUGCUAAAGCUUCUCUCAAAAAUACUGGGUUUGAGGGGUUGUUCCUUGGGGGUAACUACGUGGCUGGUGUUGCCCUGGGACGAUGUGUUGAAGGAGCCUAUGAGGUAGCUGCUGAAGUAAAUGAUUUUCUCGCAAAGAGAAUGUACAAAUAGUGGCAAUUUCUAUCUUCGGGAAUGGAUGGGACUCUCGUGUUUCAUUGAAUUGUAAUAACAGUUUCUCAAUUUUCGUUUGUCAGGCUUUUGGUGGCUUCUAUUGCAGAUAAUGUAAAAUCCCCUCUAUGUUUAAUUCAUUAUCUACUUCACAUUUAUUUAGCAAGGUAGCUAUCACUUUGCCACUCCAUUCUUCUUUAAUAUAAUAGGGUUGGUAGAUUUUGAGCUGUUACUAUAUAUGUAAAUCCAGGCAAUGUUCUGUAACAAUUGCAUGAGUUAUAUAAUAACAAGGCUUGUGUAUUUUGAAGGUGUAUAUUUUGUUUGGGAAGUAGUUUUCUGGUUCAUUUUGC